CACCCUCAGCGCUCUCCAACCUGGCCGCUCACACACACACACACCGGCGCUCCUCCGGCAUCGUGCAGCCCGCUGCGAACAUGGUCGGCGGCGUGUGUGCUCGCCGGCUGGCCCGCCGGUCCCGGUCCGCCCUUAUCGCAGCCCUCACGGUACUCCUGGUCCAGACGCUCAUCGUGUGGAACUUCAGUAGCUUCGACUCCGGCGAAGACGGCCAGGGAGACGGAGCCUCCAACGUGCGGGAGAAGAGGGACAACAAAGCCGCUGGCAGCGACUAUUUACGGCAUGGAGGGCAGCGGCAGAGGCGGCAGCAUCCCCAGCCGCCUGGGAGAGGAACCUCAUCGCGUCACAUACAGCAGCCGGAUGGUUACUAUUCCCACCGGCCUAAGGAGAAAAGUCGAGUGGACAGCAACAACGAGAACUCAGUCCCGAAAGAUUUCGAGAACAUAGACAAUAGUAACUUUGGCGCUCGCUCGCAGCCGCAUCGCCAAACCGUGGGGGCCACCAGCAGGAGGCAGCAGCGUGAGCAUCUGCAGGAGAAGGCUUACGACCAGCAGCACGUCUGGCGUGACAACACCCCCAAUUUGGGCCACGGCUCCAACGAAGUGCUGCCUUUAAUCCACCAGCCGCUGUCGCUCGCCAACGUCUCAGGUGUCGCAGCUGGCGGGCUGCGGCAUCGCGCCUCACAACAAGCGCCGUCCCAGCACCGACAUCAGCACCCCCGCAAGAAGCAGGGGACCGCGGCGCCCCUGGAGGUGACCUAUGAUCAACCACCCAAGUGCGAGAUCAGUGGGAAGGAAGCCAUCUCAGCUCUGUCCAGGACCAAGAGCAAGGAGUGCAGGCAACAGAUCGCUGAAGUGUACUGCAGACACAAGGAGGGACAGCUAAUGCCUGACAAGGUCACUCGCUACUGCCCACUAGAGGGGAAAGCCAAUGCCAACGUCCAAUGGGACGAAGACCCUGCCGAGACCUUCCCAUCAAAUCCAGUGAGAAUAGUUUUUGUCCUGGUGGUGCAUGGACGCGCCUCUCGUCAGUUCCAGCGUCUUCUCAAAACGAUCUACCACGCAUCCCACUACUACUACAUACACGUGGAUCAACGGUCCAACUACCUCCACCGACAGAUAAAGUCCUUGGCUGCUCAGUAUCCCAACGUGAGGGUGACACCAUGGCGCAUGGCCACCAUCUGGGGGGGUGCCAGUCUUCUGACCAUGUAUCUCCGAAGUAUGGCCGACCUGUUGGCUAUGCGAGACUGGAGCUGGGAUUUUUUCAUCAACCUCAGUGCUGCCGACUACCCAAUCAGAACCAAUAACCAGCUGGUGGCCUUCUUGUCCAAAUACAGAGACAUGAACUUCAUCAAGUCCCAUGGCAGGGACAACGCCAGGUUUAUUCGCAAACAAGGCCUGGAUCGUCUCUUCUACGAGUGCGACACCCACAUGUGGAGGCUGGGCGAUCGCAAAAUCCCAGAAGGCAUCUCUGUGGACGGAGGCUCCGACUGGUUCCUCCUGAACCGCAUGUUUGUGGAAUAUGUCAUCAACUCCAAGGACGAUCUUGUCACUAACAUGAAGCGCUUCUACGCCUACACUCUUCUGCCUGCCGAGUCGUUUUUUCACACCGUGCUGGAGAACAGUGCCCACUGUGAGAACAUGGUGGAUAACAACCUGCGCAUCACCAACUGGAAUCGUAAACUGGGUUGUAAAUGCCAGUACAAGCACAUUGUUGACUGGUGCGGGUGUUCCCCUAAUGACUUCAAGCCUGUGGACUUCCACCGCUUCCAGCAAACAGUGCGUCCCACCUUCUUCGCCAGGAAGUUCGAAGCCAGCGUGAACCAGGAGAUAGUCAACCAUCUGGACGCCUACCUGUUUGGACCGUUUCCAACAGGAACACCGGGCCUAAACUCUUACUGGGAAAACGCGUACGACGAGCCAGAUGGUGUGGCCAGUCUGUCUGACACACAGCUCACCUACUACCAUUCCUUCGCAAGAUUGGGCUUGGCCCGCGCGGCUGCCUCGCUGCAGGGCAACCCGAUGGAUCACAGCUGCAGGUAUUUCCCCAUGGGCCACCCUGUGUCCGUGCAUCUCUACUUUCAGUCAGACCAGUUCCAGGGCUACCUUGUCAGGCACCAUGCCACCAAUCUGGCUACAAGCAAGCUGGAGACCAUGGAAACCUGGCUGGCGCCCAAGAAGAACUUCAAGUUGACCACUCCUCCCAAAAGCACAUUCAGCAGGUUGCAGUUUGCAGAGGUCGGCACAGACUGGGAUGCCAAAGAGCGGCUGUUCAGAAACUUUGGCGGUCUGAUGGGCCCCAUGGAUGAGACGGUGGGCAUGCAGAAGUGGACAAAAGGGCCCAACGUUACCGUCACGGUUGUGUGGAUCGACCCGACCAACGUCAUCGCGGCCACCUAUGACAUUCUCAUCGACGCCAGCGCGGAGUUCACCCACUACAGGCCGCCACUCAACCAGCCUCUGCGCCCUGGAGUUUGGAGUGUCCGCAUCCUGCACCACUGGAGCCCUGUGGCUGAGAUGCGCUUCCUUAUCGCUCCUUUGGCUUAUAAUAAGCACCAGCCUAUACGACAAGAUGACUCACUGAAGCUCCACAACGGUCCAGCCAAGAACAGCUACAUGGAGCAGAGUUUCCUCGGCCUCAACCCUGUGCUGAACAUCCCCAUCAGCCCGGGCUCCGUGGAGCAGGCCAAGAGGAACGCCGCUCUGACCGGCCCGGAGCUGGAGCGCUGGGCGGACAGCCUGGUGGGCGAACUGUGGGAGGCGGCGGACAUCUGCGCCGUGGGCCUGACUGCCUGCCCCGUCAUGCAAGCCUGCCCCAAGAACCCUUGGAGCUCCCUGAGCCCCGACCCAAAGUCCCAACUGGGACCGCCGCGUGCCGACGGGCGCAUCAGGUAGCAGCGAGGCCUCCGGCUGGACAGGAGGCCCCGGCUCAAAAUUCACUGUUGAGUUUUUAAUUUAUUUAUGAGCUGUGUUGCAGAUGCGUGAGUGAGGGGAAGCAAGUUCUUAUUCUGUCUCAGGAGACGAAGGGAACAUAAAAAGGUGAUCAAUGGUUGGAAGGUCCAGGAUGUACUUUGCUAUUUCACUGCUGCAAUCUAUUUAUUUUCGUCUAAUAGGAGUUACACCGCGAUCAAAUCUUGCAAUUUUCGAGCAUUUAUGUUGCCGCUCGAUGAAUUCGGAAGUCAAAUGUGUUUUAAUAAGGCUGAUAGGGGUGUAACGGUCGCAUUGUUCCGUACAUUUGUUGACGUACUGAUUUAGCACACGGUACUUAUUACAAGUGAGGAACAGGAAGUGCACUUUCCACUUGUGUGCCUAAAAGUAGACAAAAAAGUUGACACAAUUCUGCACAGAAGAGGUAUCUAGGUGGCUCAUUCUAAAAACACAAUUGGUUAAAUAUAUAAUAAUAUAUUUUUAGUAUUUUUAAAUCAGAUUGAAAACAUUUUGGAAUUUGGAUGAAUCAUAAUAAUGUGCUUGCGUAAUUGAAAUCAGCUUAAAAAAGACCCCAAUAUAAAGUUAAAGUACCACUGAUUGUCACACACACACUAGGUGUGGUGAAAUUACCCUCUGCAUUCGACCCAUCCCCUUGUUCCACCCCCUGGGGGGUGAGGGGAGCAGUGAGCAGCAGCAGUGGCCGCGCCCGGGAAUCAUUUUGGUGAUUUAACCCCCAAUUCAAACCCUUGAUGCUGAGUGCCAAAUAAUGGGUCCCAUUGUUAUAGUCUUUGGUAUGACUCGGCCGGGGUUUGAACUCACGACCUACCGAGCUCAUGGCGGACACUCCAACCAGAAGGCUACUGAGCAGGCUUCGUACACAAUUGCAAUUGUAUUGUCAGAAUGUCAUCCAAGAUCGUUUUUUCACGUUUUACUUGAGUGAAAAUGUCAUUUAUGCGCACCAAAUUUAAUCACAGUUUUAUCAAAAGUUCUUAUUUCGUAUUUUGGAGUGAAAUUUGCCCGCGAGCACACCGGUCGGUCUCUCUCAUUUUUGUACUGACAUGUGCACUGUUCUGAUCACUGGCCGUAAAGCAGUUAAAGCAGGGGUGUCAAACUCAUUUUAGAUGGGGGGCCACAUGGAUAAAAGUCUAAUCCCAAGUGGGCUGGACUGGUAAAAUCACGGCACGAUAACUUAAAAAUAAAGAAAACUUCAGAUUGUUUUCUUUGUUUAAAAAUAGACAUUCUGAAAUUGUAGAAAGCAUAAUGUUGUUGGCCGUUUUUUUACAAUUACCUGUUGAGGUUAAUAGUAUAUAUACUUUAUUUGUCGUUAUUUUAUAUUUUCUGAAUAAAUGAUGUGAUAAUGUUCAUCAGUCAACUCACUGCUGUUCAUUUUCAAUCUGUGAAGAUAAAAAAAAAAUUAUAUAAAAAUCAAAUUACAGGAUGUUAUUUAUGUAGUUUGAUCAUUUUCCUCGACUGGUGCACUAACAUCAUGUGGUUUAUUUUGUACAUAUGUACAUCAUCUACAAAGAUACAAAUACUUGCUAUUGUGACAUCUAGUGGACACAUUUAGAACAGCAGUUUCUUUCAUUCAAAAUUUUCAGGUAAAUUUUUAUACUUAGCAAACUCAUCCCGUGAGCCGGAUAAAACCUGUUCGCGGGCUUGAUCUGGCUCUCGGGCCAUAUGUUUGACACCCCUGGGUUAUAGUAAAAGAGCUUGUAUGGUCAAAAUAAAUUGCAUGAUUAAUCCUCGUGUAUACAUAAUUUAUGCAAUAAUUUGUUCUGAUUAAUCACAUGAGUUAACGUGUUAAUUUUGGCAGCCCUAAUUAUUAGAUAUUACCCUAAUUUGCUUUGUCACCUAUAACAUAAACUUCAUAUAGUUUAGAAUACAGUAUAUUGUUCUAAUUAGUUUCAGCAUUUUUUAUGCAAAAAAGUGUCAAAGUGGCACUCCUACUUCUUAAUUUUUAUGCUACAACAGGGGUGUCUGCAGUUAGUUUUUUUUAAUGUUUUUAAAAUUGUACAAAUUGAUUAAUAAUGAGAUAUAUUAGUUUUGCCACUAACAACUAUUUACUUCGUCACCUAUGACAAAAAAGGUGAAUUUUUUUAUUUAUUUUUUUUUUUAGAACUUUUAAUACUGGGAUGUCAAACAUGUUUUCAUUGACGACCACAUCCCAGUUAUGAAAGCCCUCAGAGGGCUGCUUGUUACAGUGAAUAGUAUAUAAAUAUAUAAAUGUAUAAUCGCCUCGUGAUAAUACACAAAUGCCUGUGCGUUUGAUUGUUAGAUUUUUUUUAUGUACAAAUCAACAGAUAACUUGCUUUGAAAUCAUAAGUCAAGGCAAAAUGCAGUUAUUUAAGUAUUUGUUUUAUUUUUACAAUUAAAAUGUAAUACAGUAUAUUACGAUAUAUUAUUUGUUUCAUGUUCAAAUAAUAUUCAAGUUUAAAAAACAUACCGGUACAUUUUUUUCUGUCAAAAUGAAAAGAACGAAUACAUUUAGUAAUUUACAGGCUCUCGUGGGCUAUAUCAAACAAUGUGACGGGCCAGAUUUGGCCCUUUGGUCUUGAGUUUGACACCUGUGGCUUAGAACACAGUAUAUUGACCGACGUUAAAAAAAUGUUUGAUAAUUUUAUUUAUUAGAAAAUUACCUUAAAUUGCAGUUUAAGUCUACAAACAAUUAAGCACAAAAUCUAAGCAGUUUUAUGUUUGGAAUUUCCUUCCUUUCUGUUCCGAAAAUGUAUUUAACCGUGACUUAAACCGCGGUACGUACAGAAGCGUGACCAUGGCGCACUUUUACACCCCUAGUGGCUAAUGAUGAAUGAAAAAGGCCUUAGUUGCGAGACGCCUGGUACCCAAUUUACUGAUGUGCCUGCCGAGGUUUAUGUGCAUAAACAGCACCAUCUCUGACUGAAAGGUUUAUUUCGAUACGACUCCAGGAAGAGCCCAAAUCCCCUGCCUUUAAGAAUUUUGAGAAAGAAAAAUGUUGUCUCUCGAAGAAGCCAAUUAUUCAAAAAGGUGUCAUAGCAGCACAGCUUGUUUCAGUUGAGUGCUUGAUGAGAGACGCUGCUGUUAGAAAUGCAAACCAUCAGAAUUUAACCCAAACAAAUAAGGAUUCUGCAUUCGUUCAAAAAAAAAAUGGUGGUAGCGUUUUAAGAUUUAAGAGGUAAUUUUCUUUGAUUAAUCCCGGAUGUCGUCAGGUAGAGGACUAAGAAUUUGUUGUUUUCUGACCAGCCUGCCUCAAACUUGAAACACAGUUAUUCCACGCUAAACUUAAAAUGUAUUUUUAGACUUCCUUCCACUCUUGUAAGUUACUUUAUGUUGUACGGUAAUUUACAAAAAAAAAAGUCUCAAAAUGGUCUGACUGAGAUAACUGAGUCGCUAUUUAUUUAAGUUCACAUGAAUAUUGAUAUUUUUAGUCAAUGACUAAAUAACUGCGACGCUGCCUUGGCAGCAUGAUAAGUAUUUUUUUGAAAGAAAGCUGCCUUUAUUUACAAAGGCCAACACCACCCGAACGUUUACUGUACCCUUUUUACGGUCCGCACCCGCGUGUCACUCUGUGUUGUCAUGUCUGAAUAGGUCUCCUUAUGUUGGCUUGCAACUCUUAACCUGCCAGGUCAAAGGUCGGCUGCCUAAGCGACCUCAGCAAAACAGAAAUGGUGACCUUAAACGUACGAAUGCGGGGAAGCUGUUCGGUGUUUCCUGCUCCUUGUGGUGGUCUUCAUACUGUGACAAUGAUGUAAAAACUCAUUAUUGUAUAUUCAUACUAUACUGUCCUUUUUAGAUCGGGUCUGUAUCCCACACGACCGUUGUGGCAGCCCGCCACAAAUACCGUAUUUUCCGGACUAUAAAGCCCCACACACUAAAUUUUAGAAGAAACAAAUAUGUUUGCAUAUAUUUGCCGUAGAUAUAUACGUUGCGAAAUUAGAUGUUUACAUAGAAAGAUUUUGUUAAUGUUUGUUUACACACCUUAAUUGUUUCUAAAUAAUGUCUGUAGCAGGGCAGUAAAAUGGCUGAUCAAACAAAAUGUCAAGGACCCACUAGCUGCGAAGUCUAUCUUCCCAAUCAGCUAAACAGACUGAGGGUAGAAUUUACAGAGGAAUUUGUAAAACUGAAACAACACAAAAAGAAUGCCUUUGUAAGUUAACUUGUAAACGUGUUAGUAUAUGAGUAAAUGCUAACAACGCUAGCUUGAUUACAAUACGAUAGCACGCACAAAUAUGCAUGAAAAAACUACGACUUGUUUCAGUCAUAUUGUAAAAGUUACAAACGUUGCUUGGGGUGAUGACUGAAGAACCCUUUCGAGCAGAAACGCUAUGUGCGACUAGUAGACGGAACGGCACUUAUACUUCCGGUUUAAGGCAAAAGAAAUACUGUUGACAUUCACCCCGCAGCACACUAGUCCAAAAGAGGGCGCCAUGGAACAAACAAUUUAUGAAACUGAAACAACACAAAAAGAAUGCCUUUGGAAGUUAACUUGUAAACGUGUUAGCAUAUUAGCUAAAUGUUUGUUUACAUACCUUAAUCGUUUCUAAACAAUGUCUGUAACACGGCAGUAAAACGGCUGAUCAAACAAAACGUCAUGGAUCCACUAGCUGCGAAAGCUAGCUUCAACAUUUAACAUUGUCACGUUAUCGAUGGGAAAAUUCAUUUUUAGACAAUAUGAUUUGCCUGAGCGGCUAGGAGACACCGAGAGUAACAAGCGGUAUAAAAUGGAUUAGAAAGGAAAGAUAAAAUUUAAAAAAAUAAAUAAAUAAAAAUUAAAACACUUUUUUUUUAACUUGGGCCGUAUUUUGGAUGCUGGGGGGCCGGAUCCGGCCCGCGGGCCGUAGUUUGGGGACCCCUGCCUUAGACAAACAGUGCACAUUAAGCGAAUGAAGAAAUUUUGAAAUAUAUUUUAUUUAUGCAUUUGAUUAUAUUCUAAAUGAAUCCAGUGGGCCGGAUUGAUCACCCUUGUGUUAAUACACUCUUUGAUUUUGAUUUUGAAAUACAAGAAUACAAAUUGAAAAACAGAGUUGUUUUUUCAGUGUUGAAGAGCAAUUACUAGAUUAAAAAAAUGUUUUAUUUGCAUCUUAUAUCACAAAGAUUUAAAUCAGUCAGCAGAAAAUAGACCAACCGACUAAAAACAGAUGUUUUUAUUGUUUGUAAUCUGGAAGCGUAAGUUGCUAUUUAAAGACAAGACUGACCAGUACUUUAGGGGAAAAACUGUGAGAUGUUGCAUAAGACCAGAUGAUCAUAGAUAAAUAUGUUUUUGAAUAUAUGUUUAUGUAUAACAACACCACACGUUUUGUUUUUUCCUAAUAGUUGGUGUCAAAAUAUAAAAAAAACAUCUGUUUUUGUUCAUUUGUUUUGUUUCUGCUGACUGACUUUUUUUAAUGUUAAAUGAAAUAUUUAAAAAAUGUUUUUUUAAAUGUAAUUAUUGCUUUUCGACAUACAAAAAAAAGAACGCUUUAUUCACUUCAAAAUUAAUUUCUAACAUCCGACUUCACGUCACAACUUAACUAACGGGUGUGCUGCCUUUUUGCCAUGUUUACAACACAAAACAUACAACGUCAUUUUGUGUUUUUAUACAUCGCAUAUGUUUUUUGUACAAAACAUCGUACAUUGUAGUCACAUAGUACCUGUUUUGUGCGUAUGCAAGCUUCAUAGAUGAGGCCGCAGGUCUCCCAGAGCAUAAGAAGACUUAGCAGGAACCAGGCUCAGCGUUGCCAACACAGCGCUUUAUUUAUCUAGUAUUCAGAGCCCUCGUGGUUGUCUAUUUCAACAAAGCAACUCGCAACAAAUCUAGCAAAAAAAAAAUGUUAGUUUUAUUGGACAUUUGGAAACUAACAUGAAAGCAUCGCUCUUGUCAACUACUGGCAGUCCUGCUGUGCCCCCGCCUUUCCAUGCUUGUGUUUCAUGUUUUUAUGCUCACAAGGGUCGUAGCCAAUCAUGCUAAUUAGACGAUGACUCCACCUGACCCCCCAAACUUAAGUCCUCUGCGAAACACUGGUUUCUACAGUCGUGGUCAAAAGUUGACAUCCACUUGUAAAGAACAUAAUGUCGUGGCUGUCUUGAGUUUGCAAUCAUUUCUACAACUCUUAUUUUUUUGUGAUAGAGUGAUUGGAGCACAUACUUGUAGGUCACAAAAAACAUUCAUGAAGUUUGGUUCUUUUAUGAAUUUAUUAUGGGUCUACUGAAAAUGUGAGCAAAUCUGCUGGGUCAAAAGUAUACAUACAGCAAUGUUAAUAUUUGCUUACAUGUCCCUUGGCAAGUUUCACUGCAAUAAGGUGCUUUUGGUAGCCAUCCACAAGCUUCACAUUGAAUUUUUGACCACUCCUCUUGACAACAUUGGUGCAGUUCAGCUAAAUUUGUUAAUUUUCUGACAUGGACUUGUUUCUUCAGCAUUGUCCACACGUUUAGGUCAGGACUUUGGGAAGGCCAUUCUAAAACCUUAAUUCUAGCCCGAUUUAGCCAUUUCUUUACCAUGUUUGACGUGUGUUUGGGGUCAUUGUCCUGUUGGAUCACCCAACUGCGCCCAAGACCCAACCUCCGGGCUGAUGAUUUUAGGUUGUCCUUAAGAAUUUGGAGGGUUUCAUUGUCCCAUUUACUCUCUGUAAAGCAACAGUUCCAAACAGGCCCAGAGCAUAAUACUACCACCACCAUGCACAACGGUAGGAAUGGUGUUCUUGGGAUUAAAGGCCUCAUCUUUCCUCCUCCAAACAUAUUGCUGGGUAUUGUGGCCAAACAGCUCAAUUUUUGUUUCAUCUGACCACAGAACUUUCCUCCAGAGGGUCUUAUCUUUGUCCAUGUGAUGUCACAUUUUCAGUAGACCCGUAAUACAUUCAUAAAAGAACCAAACUUCAUUAAUGUUUUUUGUGCUCCAAUCACUCUAUCACAAAAAAAUAAUAGUUGUAGAAAUGAUUGGAAACUCAAGACAGCCAUGACAUUAUGUUCUUCACAAGUGUAUGUAAACUUUUGACCACGACUAUACAUGUAUGUGUGUUUAAAACUACUUUCCAGACAAUCGCUAACAAGCUCAACAUUGUGUUUUACUCUGAAUCAACUAGUUUUUCAAUAUCUGUUUUAGCUCAUGUUGGGUACAGUGCGAGUUUGCCAUUAAGUUAUAUAUAUCUGUUCAUUUUCCAUCUAUAGCAGGGGUGUUAAAGUCAAGACCCGCCCGGGAAUUAAUUAUCUAUGGAUGAUUUUUGAUUAGUAUUAGAACCGGCCUGCAGGCCACAGCCGCCUUCUGCUGAUUUGCACGCACCAAUACACCAUCAGGAAUUGUCAAAAUGGGGUCCCAGGGACCCCAUCAAGUCAUAAAAAUGGGGUUCCCACAGUAAAUUUUUGGGGUGACACUUUUUUGUAAGCGUUUUGAAAACAAAUGAUAAAUGCACGCAUUAUCCUGUUAUAUCUCACAUUCUAUAUUGUGUUUUGGAAAAAGGUUGUCAUAAACAUUACUUAAUUCAUUAAAAAAUAAUACAAAAGACAACAAAUUUUUAUGCAUCUGUAAAUAUAUUCUGUUAUGAACAUUCAUUCACUUUCUUCUUUCCUUCAUGGAUCUAAACUUUACCGCUGCCGAUAUAUUUUGUUAUAUUUUUAUUGUGAUAUUUUCAGAAUGUGUUUGUUCUAUUUUUGGCCAAAGCAAGACAAAGAAAACAAUCUGAAGUUUUUAGUUUCAACGCCAUGGUUUUAAUAGUCCGGCCCGCGUGUGCACAGAUUUUCCUCCAUGCGGCCCCGGAGCUAAAAUGAGUUUGACACCCCUGCUCUAUAGGAACACACUCAAUUUGUUGUUAUAUUGGCCAGCAACAAAAUGUUUUUAUGCAGUAUUCAUUCUGUAUGUAAAUUCAAUGGCAGUUGUGGUGAAAGAAGAGUUCUAAUAGGUGUUACUCAAUGUAAGUCCUGUUUGUAAGACCAAUGAUCAACAAUGUAAAUAGGUAUUUUGUAUUGAAUUAUCGUGUCAAAGAUACUGUACGUGUAAAUACAAAAAGUGGUGAAAUGACAUUGAUCUAUUAGGAGUUGUUGACGUGUGAGCACGGAGAGUGGUUUGUUGGUGUUUAUUGAUCAAAGAAGUACAUAAACUGCUCCAGUGUUUGGGGCUCCUUUGCCUCUCAGAGAAAAUCUUACGCCAGAUUGUUGUUGUUCUUGCUGGAAUGUAAUGUGGAGCAACUGUUGCACAAAUCUCUCUCAACUCCCCUCAUCAUUUUGGGUCCUUUUUUUUGUUUUUGUUUUUUCCGGGGAGGCUCUGUGUGCCUUAGAUGACUUUUAGAACCUUCUCUGCCCAUUAUCACACAAUCUUGUCUUAUUUUUUGACCUGAUGUGAUGAAUAUCGUAAGACUGGUAUUGCAACACCAAAAAAAAAAAAUAAUGUCUGCUGUUGUUGUGUAUAUCAUCAGGCCUUCUGUCCUUAUCUGAUUUGAUUUGUCUUCCCUCGGGGAGAUGUUUUGUUGACGGUGACUGGCUUGUCUUACUUUUCUCUGACUGCAUUUUGGAAAUAAAAUUCU